AUGGAGUCGAUCUCGCCGGUGUAUUCUGCUGCCACUAAGUCGGACAAGCGCUACUCUCCGCCAUGGGCGGAUUUGAGCAUUAUCGGAAUUGCUGGCAGUUCCGGCUCUGGCAAAACGUCUGUGGCAAUGGAAAUUGUGAAGUCACUGGACUUACCCUGGGUUGUCAUCCUUGUAAUGGAUUCAUUCUACAAGAGCUUGAACCCGGAGCAGCAUGCCAAGGCACAUCGCAACGAGUUUGAUUUCGACAGCCCAGACUCGAUUGAUUUCGACGUCUUAGUGCAGUGUCUUAGAGAUCUCAAACAAGGGAUUGUGGAGCUUCUAGACGUCAAAGCCGUAGAGCUUUCUGACGGCAGCCAAAUAGUCCUGCGUGAUGUCAAAGAAAGAGGUCGAGAUAUUGAUGGAAUUAUCAAGCAAUGGUUCAACUAUGUGAAGCCUUCGUACAAAAAGUUUGUUGAGCCUCAAAGAUCGGUCUCAGAUAUUAUCAUUCCUCGAGGUAUCGAAAAUAAAACCGCGAUUGGCAUGGUUGUACAACAUAUUCAACGCAUGCUCGAAGAAAAGUCCGAGAGGCACAGUGCAACCCUCCAAGAGCUCCGGCGCAUUACAUUCGAAGAACAGUUAUCACAGAAUGUUAUCAUGAUGCCGCAAACGCCUCAGUCCAUUGGGAUGAAUACUAUCCUCCAGAAUCCGGAGACGGAGCAAGUCGACUUCGUGUUCUAUUUCGACAGGUUGGCUGCUUUGCUGAUUGAAAAGGCUUUAGAUUAUACUUCGUACGCACCCAAAGAGGUUGAAACCCCUCAACAUAACAUGUACAGUGGGUUGAAGCAGGAAGGCAUCGUAUCAGCGGUUGCUAUUCUGCGAGGAGGCUCAUGUCUAGAGACCGCUCUCAAACGGACGAUUCCCGACUGUGUCACUGGGCGCGUGCUCAUUCGGACUAAUGAGACCAAAGAGGAGCCCCAACUACAUUACCUUAAGUUGCCCCCAGGUAUCGAACAGCAUUCGAAUGUCAUGCUUCUUGAUUCCCAGAUGUCGAGUGGAGGUGCAGCUUUGAUGGCAGUGCGUGUGUUGAUUGACCAUGGUGUGCCGGAAGACAGAAUCAUUUUUGUGACUUGCGCAGCUGUUCAGUCAGGCGUCAAGCGAUUGGCCGCCGUUUACCCGCAUGUCAAGCUCAUUGUUGGACGUAUUGAAGAGGAGAGCGAACCUCGGUGGAUGGAGCACAGAUACUUUGGAUGCUAAGCUGCACAUGAACGAAUAGCAAAAUAC